GGUGGUGACAGAAUAAAGCGUGAAGUGGACAUCAAGACUGAACAAAGCGAAGAGACCUGUAUCCGAAGGAAACGGAAGUCUGACCGUAGGAAACGCAUCCCCGAAAAUAACGUUGGCCCUGUUCAUCCAAAACCUGAAAUUGUAAUCAAGACUGAAGAUGAUCAUGAAGACCCGUACAUGAGAAAUGAUCGUUCGUUUCAAGAGGAUCAAAGUCUUAAAACCAGAACAGGACACAACAUGAAGCCUGAAGUUGAGGUGAAGCUUGAAGAAGGUGACCAGCAUCAUGUAAUGAGCGAUCAACAUUUUGAGGAGAGAGACAGUUCACCUGCCGCGAGUCCAGAUUAUUUUCUUGUACAGAUAAAAGAGGAAGAGGAGGACCUGUCGUUCGGAAUGGAUUAUCAGCAACACGGGGAGAAGGUUGAUCAUCCUCAGCCCAGCUCAGCAAUAAGAGAAAAAGAUGGCAGAAUCCACAGAAUGUCUUCCAAAAUGUUCAUCGACAUUGCCCAGUUGAUUCAGUUGGUGCAGGAACGUCCUGAGCUGUACAACCCCAAAACGCCUUCCUAUGCCGAUCGGUACAAGAAGAAGAAAGCGUGGGAUGAAAUCUGCGCCAUUGUGGUUCCAGACUGGGAGCUGUGUAGUGAAAAGGAGAAAAAUAUCAAAGGUGAAAAACAUAAGAAAAGCCAAAGAAGUUCAGACUCGAUGGAGGUCUCUUAA